AUGGCUUUAAGAACUGCAAUUGCUGUGGAAGCUAGGUUCUCGGCAAUGAGACGCACUGGUGAACUCAUAACAGCAGAUGCUCUAAGUUAUGGAUCAAUGAAAGGCAUCAAUGGGAAUGAUCAGUGUUUUUCCUACAAAUUGGCUUCUAGCCACGCCUAUAGCUCCAUGCAAGCUCCAGCAGUAUCAAAAGCCCACCAUUCAGAACAUUAUCGCAUCAAACACCUUCUGGUCAACAGAACCUCCCCUUUAUGGAUAUCCGUUUUUUGUGCGAAGCUCAAUGGGGGGAAUAAACGAGUUAUACGAACCCAUAUGGUACGGAGGAUCAGAACUGCGAUUACAGUGGCCUUGAAGAAGCAUGGUUAUGAUUUUUCUGGAAAGAGGGUAUCUGCCGGCGUAGAGAAGGUUGGUACGGAUGAGGAUCUGUUUGGCACGAUGAUAAUAUCUGCCAAGGAAGCGGCUUUGACUGCUAAGAUGGAUGUCCUAGAAAAACAAGCGGAGGUGGCUGUGGGCACGAUGUUACGGAUGUCGGGACAGAAGUCUAAAAUGAAUUUACAUCAGAAUUUCCAACGACCGGGCAAGGGAUCAAAUGAAAUAAGAAGAACCCAUGUGGGAAAUAAGAUGAGGGGAAGUGAGGAGGGUAUUCGCAAUCGCGAAGCUGUCGCAACCUCGCAACCUCGCAACCUCACAACAUCGCAACGCCUUUUACCAAUGUUAAUCUCACUCACCGUGGGUAAAGUCGAUGCCGGAGUGGCCGUCUUAUUGACUCAAGAUAAACGACUCAUUGAAUUCCCAUCUAUUCUCCUCCCACCCAAUAUCUCCUCCGGUAGUAUCGUCGACAUCACCGUUGCACGAAACCUCGUCUCGGAAGAAAAAUCUCAAAAGUCAUUCGUCGCUCUCCAAGAUUCUAUCUUCAAUUCAUUUGGUGCAUCAGAACCCUCUGCACCGGUCCUUCGUUGUCGCAAUGCUACUCAGACUUCCGUCGUUCUAGAGUGGGAUCCUAUUGAUCUGGCAACCGCAGAUGUCAUCUCUCUCUCACUCUUCCGCAAUGGACAAAAAGCUGGCAAUAUACCAAGGCCGAGUCAGAUGCUGAGUACGAAAAUUAGUGGUUUGGCGGUUGAUACGGAAUACACGUUUCAUUUGGUACUUAGAACGAGUGCGGGGACUUUUAGUAGUGAGAAGGUGGUUGUGAAGACGCAUAAAAUGACGGAUUUGAGUGGUAUUACGAUUACGCCUGGUAUUCUACCUGCUGCAUUGAGGGAAAGUCUUGUCACAGCGGUUGAGAGAAUUGGGGCAAAGAUGGCAGAUAGUGUGAGAAUCGACACCACACACUUCGUGACAACAGAAGGAAGAGGCAUAGCUUGGGAGAAAGCAGUUGAGAUGAAUAUUCCAGUCGUAAGGCCGGAAUGGGUUGAGGGCUGUGAGAGAGGUGGAAGAAUUGUGGGUGUUAGGCAGUAUUAUCUUGAUGCGGACCCAAAACAAAGACAAGUGGUUUCGAAUGCAACUUCACCUCAGCCAGCACAGGCUGAACCACCAAAAGAACAAAUAACAACUCCACCUACCUCACCACCGUCAACAAACGGCACGAAUGGUCGAACUGCCCCUCCUACUCCACCCGCGAAAGACAUACCCAAGCCACACAAGGAAGAGAGAGAAAAGGGGCAAGAAGAAGAAGACUCCAGUAGCGACUCGGGAGGGGGGGGAGAAAAGGAAGAGACAGAAAAGACAGUAGUACCCGAAGAGCAGAAGUCCCGAGCUUCGGAUGUAGAACAACAGAAACUUGCACUUCGACCCGCAGCCGCAUUCGGGAUAUCUGCAGAUGACUUGACCAAGUCAGGCGAAGAGAAUGCAUCCGGGAACCAGACACCAGGAAAUGCUAGCUUCCAAGACGUCGCUCUGUGA